GGUAAAUUGUUCUCCUGAGUUGUGAACUGACCAUUAAUUCUCGUCUCUGACCCAUCGCAUUCAUUUGUGUUAGCAUUCUCUGUCAAACCGUUCCUGUUUCUCUUCAUCAGUAUGGAGUCAUCACCAAUCGAAUGGGUCACUAUCAAGACCACGCUCCCCAUGUUCCCCUUUCCCCCGAAUGACCAGCGACAGGUCAUCAAAACGGAGCGCCUCGUCCUGCGACCGUUCAACAACGACCAAAAUGACCUUGAGGGCCUGCAUGCGCUCAGAGCGCAACCCGAGGUGAUGACCUGGAGUAUCCAGGGUCGACCAGACAAAGACUUGGAAGAGACCAGCAUCAAUCUCGCCCGCCAAGUAUCUCCAGCAGAGAUCCAGCUAUACAACUGGGCCAUUUGCCUCGCUUCAACCGGCGAAAUCAUUGGCAUUGGCGGGUGUGGCACAUUCAAUGGCGAGCUGGGCUGGCCAGUCCUGGGAUACAUGCUGCGAAAGGAGACCUGGGGCAAAGGUUAUGCCACCGAGUUUCUGAAGGCAUUCACCGAGGCAUGGUGGGCUUUGCCGCGGGAGGAGGUUGAGCUCAAGGUGGACAAGAACACAGUCCGGGGCAACGGAGACGUUAAAGACGAGUGUAUCGCGGCCAUCACGCUGGACAGCAACAUGGCGAGCCACGGGGUCCUGCGAAAGAACGGCUUUGAACGCGCCAUGGCGUGGGAGGAAGAGGAUCUUCGAGACAAGACUCAGAUCGUGACCCUCUACGGCUGGAUCACAAAGGAUGCCAAGUCGGAGAGUGCGAAGCCGUAAUGAGCCCACGUGGACAUGAAAUCGGAUGUAAUGUUACCUUGCCAGCGUCUAGAAAUCGAUUAUGCCCACUGAGAGCUGCAAGAUGAAGUCUGGAUGACGUUCCGGACUUUUUUAACAUCCCAAAAGUCCGGAACUUGGGCGGACAACUUCCAAGUCCGUGUUGCCCCCGCUUUUCUGAAGUAUAUACGUACGAUGCUAUCUCAAUCGACGGCUUGAAGUUUCAUAAUUUCUACUUCUAACAUCU